AAACAAUUGAAGAAGAAAAUAUAAAUCCUAUUUUUGAUCAACCUCCUCAAAUCGAAUGGACUGAAAUUAAAGAAAAAUUUAAUGACAUCUAUUCUACUCUUAAUGAAAUUUCACAACAACUUAAUGAAUAUUGGAAACAACAACCUGUCAUUCAAAAUACUGGAUACUAUA